CUUUCUAUCAUGCUGUUGGGUCUCUUUGCCUGCUGUGUCACUACUCUGGUUGACUGAGUGAAGGAUAUAGCCAACUUAUUCUGAGACGGAAUUCCUGUGCUGAGUGGAGUGAAGACUGACUAAAACAAUCUAACUUCCUCAAAUACACGGAACACUGCUAAAUUGGCUGAAAUGAGUGAAACAAGACGACAUUUUCUAAACAUAGUUCUUCAGAUAACAUGCCAACUUCUAUGGUUGGUGGGUUUGGUCGUGGGUCUGAGUGGGAUGUUCCUGUUGUUGAACUUCAGACAAAGCAGCCUGUUCUUCUCCCACACUUACAUUACCCUUCCAGCAUACCUAGCUCUGGCUAGUGCAGCCUUCCUAUUGGCCAGCGGAGGACUGGGAAUCUGGGUGUCCCUCAGAGACUCAGCCUGGCUACAGGCUGUGUUUGUCUAUCUGCUGGUCAUAGUUCUCUGCCUGGAGGCAUCAGCUGCUGCUCUGGCCUAUGUCAACACCACGAAGGUGCACUCAGAGCUGGCACCCUUCAGGAGAGUCCUUGAGAGGUACACAGGAAGCAGACAGGACCCAGAAUCCAAUGCUGUGGACGCCACACAAGAAGAGUUGCAGUGCUGCGGUAUCUAUGACUACCGUGACUGGCUGGCCACACCCUGGUUCAACAGCAGUGGGCGUAGCAGAGUACCUCACAGCUGCUGUUACUCCAGCUACCCCACAUGUAAUGGUACCCUGGGCCAGCCCGACCUACUAUAUCCAGAGGGGUGCCAGUUGAAGCUUGAGGAGGCAUUGCGAUUUGUUCUGCGUAUCAUCAUCUGGUCAUCUCUGGCUGUGGCACUAGUGGAGACUAUGGGGUUUGUGAGUGUGGCUCAGUUGAUGAGGGCUCAGAAUCUGUCAGAGUAUCAAUUACUGGACAGGGAAGGGGACAGAACCAGAAUGGCAGAAAGUAUCCUGGACUGAUAGUCUACUUUAGAAAUUAAUCAUCAAUUAUUUUGUGUAAGUAAACUUGAUUAAAACGUGAUCCAGUUGCUUUCACUAACCCAAUGACGAACUGUAAAGAGAGGACGGGAGGCGCACUCAAAUUAUAUUGAAUAUUGUUAGACAUGAACUUUACAUCUCUCACACGUUUCUCUGUUUCAUAAGAAAAUAAAUGCAACGUUUUAUUCAUUUAUGAUCUCACAUGGUUGUUAAUAAUACAUUGUUUUACAUGUAUGACAUUAAAGUGAC